AUGCCAUUUAAGUUUUCGAAAAAUCAGCCGCCUAGGCGGGCUAGGCGGCUGUUCUACACAAAUGGAGGUGAUGCCAUUUUGGUGUUAGCCUCAAACGGCAUUCAUUUUCUCUGGAAAUGGCCACAGGACCUUAAUUUUAGUGGAGUGGCAACUCCCAAGGUUCACCCUAAUUUAUGGAAACCAAGGAGUGGCUUAGAGCUGAUGAACAAUGAUUUCACAAUUGAGCCUGCAUAUUUUACAAUUGAUUUCAAGAAAGAUAAGGUUCUUUUUGAAAAUUCUGCAAGCUAA